AUGAAAGCUCGAACGCAGCAUGAAAAGAAUCAGAUUUCCGAGAAGGGAACCCGUAGAGCAUCCAAGGCAGAGCUGGAGGAAGCCAGUGAGCGCACAGAGUCCACAGAGCUGCCCUCACCAUUGGCCGCCGCGAGCCAAGAGCGUUCCUACAACCCAACCCGAGCCCACAGCAUGCCUUACCUGAAGGCUGGGGAUGCGGCGAGAAAAGACGAAACCUCCGUUUUAAACAGCAACCGCCUCUCGCCUCUCUCGCCUCUCUCGCCUUUGCCUUUGAGGGAGCCUCCACCGCGCUGUCAGAGCAAUCAGAAGUGCACGAGGCCUCAGCACCUGCUCCUGGACUUCGACUGCUGCAGCAGCGCCGCCGGGAGCGCGCCGAAAGUGGGUCGCAUGCAUCAGGCGGCGAAGUGCCGCCGCCAAGUUCCGACUCGAAUGCAGGGAACAG